UGAGCCCGGUCACGUGUUAGGGGGCCGAUCGGGCGUGCGUGCCGCCGUUGAUCCGGUGCUACAGUGAGGUGGUUGUCGCCCGUGUUGUGUGUGUGUGAGUGUGUGAGUGAGUGAGCGAGUGAGUGAGUGAGUGUGUGCGUGGGGGCACUCGGCUUGUUGUUGUCGGUGACUUCCCCCUUCCCUCCACCCCUCCCCUCCCCGGCCGCCGCUGCAGUGGCCGCUCCCUGGGCCGUAGGAAAUGAGCGAUAACGAUGACAUCGAGGUGGAGAGCGACGAAGAGCAACCGAGGUUUCAAUCUGCGGCUGACAAACGGGCUCACCAUAAUGCACUGGAACGAAAACGUAGGGACCACAUCAAAGACAGCUUUCACAGUUUGCGGGACUCAGUCCCAUCACUCCAAGGAGAGAAGGCAUCCCGGGCCCAAAUCCUAGACAAAGCAACAGAGUAUAUCCAGUAUAUGCGAAGGAAAAACCAUACGCACCAGCAAGACAUUGAUGACCUCAAGCGGCAGAAUGCUCUUCUGGAGCAACAAGGGGAAAGCGAGAGCUGAUCAAGUUCUUUGUUCCUGGGGAAUUCACUUCUCUUCCUCCCUCAUGGAAGAUGCAAGUAAAAGGAAAUGCAAGUAACCACCUGGGUUAGAACAUCUCACAUAAAAUAACAUGAAGGGUUAAUCCUCCAGGCUCAAGCUGAGCUGAACCAAGGGAUGGGCAGUGGGCGGCGGCAGCGGGUUGGAUGAUGGGCCAAGCAGCCUGCAUGUAGGGGUGUCUGUUGGAAGGCCCAGGUAUUUUGUGUGUAUUGGUGACUUGCUUCCAAGUGUCCAGCUUGUCAUUCCAAGUGGAUUUUGUUCAUGAGAGCCAAGCCAAAAGUUUUCUUUGACCCAAUCUGUUGUGUCAUCCUCUCCUGCUAUCAUUGGGCCUUCACCUUCACAGAGCCUAGCAUUGCUGGGCUAGCUUCUUCUCUGUCAUUGCAUUGCUCAGUCCAACAGGGAACUCUUGCUCUGGUCUCUAUGCUGGGUCCAUGGCAGGACGGUGUCUCAUCACAAGCCUUCUCUUCAGGGUGGUAUGGCUGAGGCUGGCCAUGUCUGCUGGGCCCCCAAGCCCAUCUGGGAAAGGAAAAGGGGAAACGGAAGUGUGCAGGUGGAACAGCCACCAGAAGGGAGUGACUUCUGAGCCACCCUGUGCCUUGGGGGCCAGCAAGCAAACCCUUAGGAAGAACAGGCUGGACCCUGAGUCUGAGACUUGGUUGCUCCGGAUCUCCAGAAGGGUAACAUGCUCCCUUGGUUGCCUUUUAGUCCGUGCACUGGAGAAGGCAAGAUCAAGUGCCCAACUGCAGACCAACUACCCCUCCUCAGACAACAGCCUCUACACCAACGCCAAGGGCGGCACCAUCUCUGCCUUCGAUGGGGGUUCAGACUCCAGCUCAGAGUCCGAGCCUGAGGAGCCCCAGAACAGGAAGAAACUGCGGAUGGAGGCCAGCUAAGCCAUGCGGGGCAGGCCAGCGAGAAACUGUCUGCUCACCCGUUGCAGCCUCCUUCAGUUCAUCACUAGAACCCUCAGAACCAUUGAGAAGACUCUUUUCCUUUUCUCUCUAUUAAUUGUUAUUUUGCAUAGAAGCUCUUGGACAACAGCUCUCACCCCCUGCCCUGUGUCCACUAUUUUUAAACGUAUGCCCUUCAGGGGUUCCUGUCCCCACCAGAAAUUUUAAACCAAAACACCCUAACUUGGCAGCUCUUUCUGUGGAGGACAGACGGCCGGCCAGACCUCUGAGUACAUGGUGUCCUGCCCACCCUACCAGCUCCUCCAGCCCUCAGAGCAUGUGCCUGGAGGACGCCUGCUCUGCUAGGCUCUCCUCCCAGCCCCCUCACCUCUGUUUGGUGGACUUUGUGAAUCUCUGAACUGCUCUACUUUGACAAGAUGACCAGAUUGGAGUAAUCAGAAUGAACCCCCUCUCCUUUGUAAGGAUUAUUUUUGGAAAAGCGGUCUCUCCUGUUGAAAGACCAGAUUCUUGAAGAAGUUUGUGUGGUAGAGAAGGAAAGCGGCGACAGCUUUGCAGCACCUUGGCACAGUCACUCUUCAGCUGUUUAAGCCUGCCCAGCCAGCCUUCCAGAAGGCCACGCGACGCUGGUAUGUAUAGGAGACAGCAGCAGUGAAACGGCUCCCAGGAGUGGGGUGGCUACUGUGGGUGGGCUGGGAGGGAGUUGUAGGUGGGGUAGAGGUUUUGUAUUAAGGGCCAGUGAUGAUGUUUUGAUAUUUAUUUCCUGCUACUGAAAUUUGAAUCUGAAUGAAAUGCCCCUAUUUCUGAUGAUGUCGAUAUUGUAAAGCGACAGAUUCAUAAAGUAAUGAUCAAAUCUUCACUUCUGUGUGUAUUUCUAAGAAACAGAGCCAACUCUUUUAUAUGUAAACACCAAGAGCGACUUACCUGGUACUAAACCCACAGCCCAGCCCUCCUUCCUUCCUCCUGUCCUGGAAUUGUCGCCACUGUGUGAUCCGGCCCUGGCUCUGACUGUGGUCAGCAGAUCCCAGUGAAGGGUUUCUCGUCUUUAGGCUUCAUUUCUUUGUCUUUUUCCUACUCUGUUGCCAGCAUUUGCUGAUUUCUAGUGUAUACUUUGUAGUCUCAGUCGGUGUUGAUUCCAUUCCGUGGAAAUAAAAGUAUGUUGUACAUACUGCCCAAGAAUCUCCCUGCAAGUUAAGGCUCCCCCUUUACUAUAAGAAUAUAAAUAAAGACUUAUUUUAUCCUU